GUGAACGUUGACCGCUAUCGCCCAUGCAUCGGGACAGACUGCUUAUCAGCCAUAGCCCUGCGCCGUUAUCAGAGAUUACUUACCCCGAGUGCUGUCCUUUCGCUGCUUCGAGGUAGCGCGUUUCGCGCACGUAAUCGCCCUCAGUCAAGCACAUCGCAGCAUGGAACCGCAUCUACGGCUCGUAACUGGAUCCAUCGAUCGCGUUUUCACGGGACGGCAACCGUGGCAAAUCGUGGCCAUUACGACAACCACCGUGCUGGGUGCCGUCUGGCUGUGUCAGGUGUUGUUCCAGGACGAAAGCCUGUACAGUCGAGCCAAAAAGAAGGUGUUCAAGCUUGCCCGCCUCAUACCGCAGGUGCGUCGACGAGUGGAGGAGGAGAUCGAGAAGAUCAACGAUGGGUUCGUGAAGGACAUUAGCCAAAAGGGUGCGUACUACACCGAGCUGCCGGGCGAUGGGUUAACCCCGGAAGCCAUUAUUGCCAAAGUGGACGAAUACCUCGAGCUGGGACACUACCGAUGGAAGGAGGGUUACAUUUCCGGCGCCGUGUACUACUACAACCCGGAGCUUAUCAAGCUGGUGACGAGUGUAUACGGUAAGGCGUCGUACACCAAUCCGCUCCAUCCGGACGUGUUCCCCGGUGUGUGCAAAAUGGAAGCCGAAGUCGUUCGCAUGACGGCAACGCUGUUUCAAGGCGGAGCAAGCGCGUGCGGUACCAUGACGACGGGUGGCACAGAAUCGAUCAUGAUGGCCUGCAAGGCGUAUCGAGAUUAUGCGCGUGAAAACCGUGGAGUGACCACACCGAACAUGGUGCUGCCCGUGACGGCCCAUACGGGUUUCGAUAAGGCGGCCCAGUACCUGAACAUCUUCUCCAAGGUGGUACCGGUCGAUCCGGUUACGACGGCGGUGGACAUUCGUGCGAUGGAGCGCGCCAUCAAUCGCAACACCGUGAUGCUCGUUGGUUCGGCUCCAAACUUCCCGUACGGUACGAUGGAUGAUAUCGAAGCGAUUGCGGCGCUAGGCCGCAAGUACAACAUUCCCGUCCAUGUUGACGCCUGCCUCGGUGGGUUCCUGAUUGUGUUCAUGAAGCGAGCUGGCUAUCCGGUGCCUCCGUUUGACUUCAGUGUUCCCGGUGUGACGAGCAUUUCGGCCGAUACGCACAAGUACGGUUACACUCCGAAGGGUUCAUCGGUAGUCCUGUACUCGGAGAAGAAGUACCGGCACCAUCAGUACACGGUGACGACCGACUGGCCUGGCGGUGUUUACGGUUCUCCGACGGUGAACGGAUCCCGUGCCGGUGGCAUUAUUGCCGCUACCUGGGCCACGAUGAUCAACUUUGGGCUCGAUGGUUACGUCGAGGCGACGAAGCGAAUCAUCGAUACCACGCGCUAUAUUGAACAACAGCUACGAGCGAUAAAGAAUAUCUUCAUCUUCGGUACUCCAGCGACGAGCGUGAUUGGAAUCGGAUCCAAAGACUUUGACAUCUUUCUGCUGGGCGGUGAGCUCAAUAGUUUGGGAUGGAAUCUAAACUCCCUGCAGUUUCCUUCGGGCAUUCACAUCUGUGUGACUUACAUGCACACCGAGAAUGGGGUGGCGCAAAAAUUUGUCGAGGAUGUCCGCUCGAAAGUGGCCUUAAUCAUGCAGAACCCCACGAAGCCUGUCGAGGGCAAGAUGGCUAUCUACGGGAUAGCUCAAUCCCUGCCGGACCGUGCGCUUAUUGGCGAUUUCACGCGUUGCUUUAUCGAUUCCAUGUAUUACACGCCCAUCGACAAGAAGGCCACCAAGUAGGCGACUAUCCUCUGAGAGCUCAAGACUCAUGCACAUACACGAGAAGCGAGACGUGGAGAGAUCGAUGAGCCACGCAGGUUAGAAAUGCAAAUGCCAUUUAAACCUUUUUCAUUGACGCCCAUUUAUAUACUUCAUGAAGUUUGUAGCCUCAUACAGCGUAAACGAAUGUUUUUAAAACAUUCCCAGAGCAUAUAUCGUGUACUGAUUGUUGAAUAAAAGGUUGCUA